AUGGAGAAGAACAACGCAAUAGGGAAGGAGCAACUGGUAUGCUGGGUGAAGAAGCUAUUAAAGAGAAACCACUUCCAUUUCGGUGAGCUUAAAGAUGGGGGCGUCUACGUGGAACUGCUCCAGUGCAUAUGGCCACAAAUGGUGAAAAGAUAUGAAGAAAGGUACCAACAUAGAGGCGAAUAUGAAGAGAAAGAAAAAACAAACUGGAGAGUUAUACACUCCACCCUUAAGGAUCUAAAUAUCGAUUCUGAUUUUAUAAGUUACAACCAAAUUUGUGAAGGACACUUUAGCAGCUGCUACCAGUCUUUGAUCCUUUUAUUCUUCCUGCACUCCUUAGUAAAGCAUCACGAGUGCGACUUUGUUCUGGCCUACCCGGUGACGAAAAGGUUAACAGAUUUUAUGUCAAGUGAGGAGCCUCUAAAUUGUCUGGUUAGAGCUGGCUCUGUGCAACUUCCCCAAAAGUUUUUCAAAAACGUUUCCAACUGUUUCCAGGUGAAUAACUCCACGGUGAUGGAUGGCAAACGAAGGGACAGCCCCCUCGAAGUGGAGAAGCCGCAAAAUUGUGUGUUCGCCAGAUCGGCUUACCAAUCUCACCACAGUGAUUUCUCCAAUGGGCUAAACAAUUCCCAUCCUCACAGGGUAAACGAGAAGAAAUCUACUUCGCUAAGUAGCCCUGAACUUGUUCCUUCCUCUGCAGAUGGGUGUGCAGCGAAGAGAGAUAAAUCUUACACCUGCAGGGGAGACAGCCUCCUCUCGCUGGUUAGCGGCACUUCCACUGCGACCGGCAGUAGUGGAGGUGGGAACCACCCUAGGGACACCCCAGAAAGAGGAAGCAGCACCACGGGAGGGGCAGCCUACCAAGGGAGAGCACCCCCAAUCAACUCUGUAGAUAAAAAGAGGACCGAUGAAACAGCCAUCGGUGAGAAGCCGCUAAAUAAGGAGGGGUCGAACGAACCGCCCAUCCGAAGCAACGCCCCAUACAGCUUCGACCAAAUGGUCACCCAACCCCGCAGUAACUUCUUCAAAUAUUUUAACAAAACGGACGUAGGAAAGAGUGAAAUUUUAGAAAAGGCGCCACACGAGGAUAGAAAAAGUGUCUCUCCCGAGGCUCCCCAUCUAAACGUCCCCCCACCUCCAACCACUAGCAGUAGCAGUUGUGCAGAUGAGCACAAGCCUAUACGCGCUGAUGUGAAGGAGACCAAAGUGGAUGCGAGCUGCCAAGCUGAAAAUGAUCCCUUUUUUAAUUUCCUACUCAACCACGAUUCGGUGGAAAACUUAAAAGUCACCUGGAACGAUGAAGAGAAAAACGUUAAAGGGGAAUCGUUCAUUUGGUUUUUAAAGACGCAGGUGAAAAUGUACAAAAGGGAACUUCGUCUGAGGGAGGAGGAACUGGAGCUAACUAGCCAAAUGAAAAAAAAAGAAAUGGAAGACCUUAAAAUGGUUCACUCGGUUGAAUUAGCCAUGCUCCAAGAGAAACACCAAGCCCAAAUUUUUUACUUAAAGCAGCAACAUUUGGAAGGCGAGGCAAAAAUGAGGAAACAGUUUGAGGCGAAAAUAAGCAACAUGGAAGAGGACCUAACCCUUGAUUUGGACGUUCUACACUGCCAGGAAAGGGGCUCUCUUCUGGGGAGCCUACCCGGUGAGGAAGAGGAAUGGGCCAAAGGGGAUGAGGAGAGGAGUACCUCCACACAGGGGCAUAAGCAUAGACCUAAACAUGGUUGUGGAAGACAGUAUGGGGGAGAUGCCACACAAGGGGAAGACACACUAGUGGACCACGAUGAGGAGGAUGCAAACAUUAACCGCUUCCUCUUUGACCAGGUGGAUGUGGUAAGUGUGCUCGGCGGAGAAACUCCCGGGGGGGAUCACUACCGCGACGACAUUCCCAAAAAGAAGAAAUUCCUAAAUUUCGAUUACUGCCUUGAGAAUGGAGCGGUGAGAGAAGCUCCCAAGGGGGCCCCCGAAGGAGAAGACCACCGAGCAAUGUACACAGAAACAGCUGCAGAGCUAACCGCCAACACGAACAGCAACAUCCGGGAAGCCAUUAACAAAAUGAGGCAGCUUGUCAGCAAGAAAAACAUGGAGCAUGAAAUUAACAAUAAAUGCUUAAGAGGCGAAAUGGAAAUUUUGAGAAAUGCAGUGGAAAACUUCAAAUCUAGACGAGCGUCUGAAUCCGAUUUGGUAAAAGAAAGUGCCCAGGUUGUGAGCGAACUGCUGCAGUCGAUCGAUAGGGAGCAGGAGGGAGAAGAAGUGCCCCCCAAAGGUUGGAACAUCUUCACCUAUGUAGAGAAGGAGCAAAGCAAAAUUUACGAGAUGAUAAAAAAGGGCCAUAAUGGUCCCCUCAAAAGUGAUGAAGUGGUGAAAAUCCUCGACGGGAGCUCCCUAAUUCGGCUGCUCGUCCGCGUGGUUUGCGCGUUGAAGUUGGAAAGGGUGAAACGUCGCCUCGGCGGGGAGCGGGCGACCAGCAAGGAAAGCGAAAGACGGAGUGAAAGACGCGGCGAACCCGGGGCGAGCUGCACAUUCUUGCCUAACGACACCCCAAGCAAUGAAAUAAAAACAAUCGAGCGCGAAAUGGAAACGGCGGAACAUAUAAAAAGGGUCGAACGGAAGAAUAAACGGUUGCAGUGCCUCAAUGAGUACUACAAGAAGAGGUUGGGGCAUCUGGAGGUAUGGACCCAUGCGUUGGAAAACUUAAAAUCAAGGUGCAAACAAUUUUACACAGAAAGUGGCACACAUGCGUUUACUAGCGGAGGGGAAGAGAGGGCUCUUCACGAAUGCGCGGUGGUCCCGUCAGGCGGCCCAUCGGACGAGGCGUCUUCAUCUGAGCAGUUAUCCUAUGAGCGGUUAUCCCAUGAGCGGUUAUCCCAUGAGCGGUUAUCCCAUGAGCGGUUGUCCACUACUCAGUUAACCCCUGCUCGGUUAGCGCCCAAAUCUGCGUCGACGCAGCCAUCUGCCGCGUUGCCCCCCUUCCUGUGGUCCCCGGAAUUUUACCUGCGAUCCUUUGCAGAGGAAAACGAAAGGGACGCAGAGCUCAUGCGUCUGUUGAAGCUGCUCGGUAGAUGUGAAAAUGAGGAGGACGUGCUUCUUUUCCAAAGUGACACCCCCGUGAGGUGCGGAAGGAGUGAUAGAGAGGAGGAGAGUUCCAAGAGGGUGGAAGAAGAUGAGAGGCAACCUCACCCAGACAAACUCAUGCUGAGUGUACGCCCCAACGAAGCGUGGCUAAAAAAAAAACUAACACACAACUUUUGGCUAAUGCUUGGAGAUAUAUACAGCUACAGGAAUGUUAUAGUCGAAGCAUGCCAUUACAUUUGCCAAUCAAACAGCAUGAUGAGUAGGUACAUCACAACGAGUGAGCAGAAGAUGAGGGAGGAAAGAAGGCAAUUUGAAAACGCCUGCAACGGUAAGGACACUGUCCACAGGGCAGAAAAAUACAAGUGGAGACAACUCAUCGGAACAGCGACGUUCAAUAGGGACUUAUAUAAAGAGAAAUAUAUGCAACUACAGAGGGAGAAUCAAAAGGAAAAAAAGAAUCUCCUGCAUCUGACCAAUCUAUGCUACGAACAGGAAAGUGUCAAAUAUAGAAAUACCAUUCUUAAACUCAGACAGGCGGAUCAUAACUAUAGGGUCUACAAAGCGAGGGAAAAAAAAUGGGUUCAGCUAGCCAAAUUGCUCAUAACCGAAUUGACGAAUUCGUCAAAGGGCAACCAGGAGGAGGUGAAGGAUGCCUGGCUGGAAAUCGUCGCAGCUGAGAAGGAGAAGGAGAAGAAGAGGGGGAGGAAGAAAAAGUGCCUGCAGGUGGGAGACCCCAACUGGGAGAGCCAUAUAGAGGAAGGCACAUCUAAUGACGCUUGCGCAAGGGUGGUUGCAGGUACCGCUCUUUUGACGCCCAUCGGGCAGAACACAAAAGAGGCGGCAAGUUUAGGGGGAACUGACCAAGGGGGGGAAAACCAACUGGGGAAGGGAAGCUCAACCAGUUGCACGAGGGGCCACAUCGGACCGCACACACGGGGCGGUACCACCAUCCGAAGCAGUACCACCAACCGCUGCAGUAGUAACAACCGUUGCGGGAGUAACAAUUUGGGGGCCCCAUCAAAGGGGGGGAGAAAAAGUGCCCACAGGGGUGGCAGCCAUAACAUGCACCGCCAAGACAGUUCAAUGUGUAAGCAGGCGUCUCCCACAGGAUGGGGUGCGAAGCGAACCAGCGCUGAGCAGGACGAAGGGGGAAGCGAACCGAACCGCAGCAGGGAUUACUUUACCGAGGGCCAUGCGGACUACUACGUCAAAGACUUCCACACCUUCCUGAAUGAUGUGCAAAGCAGCUGCGUCCUUAACUUCUCUUCCGCGAGUGAGGCGGACAUUUGGGCGUCGGAGGGGGGGGAAAGCGGCGUGGAAAGCGGCAGGGAAAGCGGCAGUGACGUACGCCUCGCCACUAGCAAAAACGCUAUCCAAACGGCCGUCCAAAUGGCUAAUAAUAACGCGGACCACGGCGUUGAAGCGUGGGAGACCCGCCUCAAACAAAUGGCAGAGGAGUCGUGCGCGAUGUUCCAAAGGGUCCUCGGCAUGAAGGAGGAAGAAAUAAAGGAAUGGAAAAAACAAACGGGACAUCUGGAAGGGGAACUAAACGAAAUGAAGAAGCAAAACCAGAGUCAGCAGAACAAGUACGCUUGUCUGAAGGAACAACAAAGUGACUUAGUCAAGAGGUUAGGUUCCCUAAGUGACAUCAUAUCUGAUUUGAAUGACCAAAUGUACCAACUGAAGAGAGAAAAGAUUGACAGUGAAAACAGAAGCUUAACCAAACAGCAGCACCUUCACACCCUUGUGAGGAAUUAUGAAUGCACAAUAAAAUUAAUAAAAUCCCAUUUGAAGAAGUACCCCUCCGUUUUGUACCUCGUGGACACGGUGACGGAUGAGGAUAAGGGGGUAAUCCUAGAGUUGGCCAGCGCGGGUGAAAAAUACAACGCGGGCGAAAGUUACAAGGAGGGGCUAAGUUUUUCUCUUCAGGAGGAUAAACACACCCACGUGAAGGCGAAACAAAAUUGUGUAAUUAAGAGUGUCGCACGGGAGACAGCCACAAAUGAAGGGUCGCAAGUCUGGGCCAAUUUAGAGGAAGCCAAUAUGUCAAUCGGAGGAGAAGACAAAAGUGAGGGCAGCCCUGAUUUUUCGCUAACCGAUUUGAUGAGGGAUAUGGGGUGGGACACUUAG